AAAGUUGGUGUCGAAUGAGGCUCUGCGGCUCAGAAUGGUCGCGUUUCUGCUGACUCGGCACACCCGAGGUGAUGUCAGUUCCAAUGGGAAAUUCUUAUGAUCCAUCACCAGCACAACACCAACCAGCCAUUGCAUGUAGCCUCUUGUGAUAGCGAAUCCAUCACAAAAAACUACAGCAAAGAUGGCAUCACGAAGACUCAUCACCCAGCUCAUCCGCACCGCUCCACGCUUGGCCUUCCCACAACCAGCUGCAUUCUCGCCCGUUUCAGCCCGAAUUCGCAGAACACCCUUUUCCACAACUUCGCACCGUCGCGAAGACAUCCCAUCAGCAUCAGCGGCCGCGUCACCCACACCGCCUGGUUAUCUCAACGACACCGAACGCCGCAUCUUCGACAUCUUGGCCAGAGACCUCAAACCAACCGAGCUCGAAGUCCAAGACAUCUCCGGUGGCUGCGGAUCCAUGUUCGCGCUCAAUAUCGUGUCGGAGCAGUUCACAGGCCUUCCCGUCAUCAAACAACACAGACUGGUAAACCAAGUGCUCGGCGAGGAGAUCAAGAAAUGGCAUGGAGUUCAAUUGAGGACGAGCGCGCCAAAAGCGCCAUAAGCGCCCAAGAACGGGAGAGCCAGCAGGCCCAGCAGACCCUACCCCCCAAAAACACGUGUCGGGGUGGAACGAGUCAUGGUCACCAGUACCAGACGUGAGAGCUGAACAGGGGGGAAAGAAGAAGGAAAAAAAGAUAAAAACAAAUGCGGGGUGUGACGAACAAGCAACAGGCCACCACAUAUAGGCGGUAUGUGUCAACGAACCAGCAAGUAUUGCCAAAAAGACAAAGAAAGCUACGCGUCGGAGCCGAUCCAUUGCAUGACCAGUACCGACUACGACUACCUACCUACCUACCUACCUUACCUCCUACUACUGGCAACGAUCAAAGCUUUCUACUCGGCGCGAAGCCUACCUCACUUGCACCCACGCACCCACUCACCCCCCGUGUUUCGUACCGACUCUAGCAGCGGUCGGUACCUUUAUGCUAGCUCCGGCUUUUCUUGUCUUCAUCCCACAUCUGCGGCAAAGUAGGUGGGUAGUAAUAGUAGAAGUAGUAGUAUAUAGGUAGCGUGCACGACACGAGAGAGAAAGGCGGCGUCCGCGUCCGCGCUACCGGCAGUUGACCCGAGAUAGCGGAUGCGGCAGCGGUGAAGCAACUUGCUUGCUGUUUCUCCUAGGAGGUACUACUGCCCGUUGGUAGUUCAUCAUGACGAUGAUGAUGACGAUGAUGAUGCUCGCGAUCUGGUGGCAUCAUAGCAGGAAGGAGAUAAGACAAAAAAAAAAAUAAACAACAAAGCAUUACGAAGCUCAUCGCCGCGAUCGAGCAAGCGAGCUCAUAAGGUGUACAUAUAUGCAGUAUGCCUACCUACCUUGAUGCUCGAGAUAGGUAUAACUAGGUAGUUUACCUAUGUAUACUCAGGUAUGCUCUGGGAAGC